AAGAAAAAAAGAAGAAGAAAAAAAAUGUCCAAGGGUAGUUGUUCUUGGUCACUGGGUUGGCUAAUUACAUGGUGCGUCGGCUUUGUAAUUUUCGGUGUGAUUGGGGGCCUUGUUGAUGCAUGGAGCAAGGAGGGGCAUAUCUUCACUUGUACCAUUGCACAGGGUCUUCUAAAGGAGGAGGCGGCCGAGAGCGUUAGAAGGUUGUUGCCAGAGUACGUGGACGGCGACUUGUCGGCGUUGUGUGUAUGGCCGGACCAAGUGAGACACUGGUAUAAAUACCGUUGGAGUAGCCCCCUCCAUUUCAUCGACACUCCCGAUCAAGCCUGCAACUUUGAUUACCAGAGGGACUGCCAUGAUGAACAAGGAGUGAAGGAUAUGUGUGUUGCUGGCGCCAUCCGAAACUUCACGACUCAGCUCUCUCAUUACAGCCCAUCAUCAUCUUCCGACCCUCCAUAUAAUAUGACGGAGGCUCUUUUAUUUUUGGCACACUUUAUGGGAGAUAUCCAUCAGCCAAUGCACGUUGGGUUUACAAGUGACGAAGGAGGAAACACCAUAGAUUUGCGUUGGUUCACUCAUAAAUCUAACUUGCACCACGUAUGGGACAGAGAAAUUAUUCUAACAGCAGCAAAAGACUACUACGACAACGAUAUCAACCUUCUCCAACAAGCCAUUCUUCAAAAUCUCACCCAUGGGAUAUGGACGGAAGAUGUUGAGUCGUGGAAGGAAUGUGAUGAUCAUGAGCAACCCUCUUGCGUAAAUAGGUAUGGUGCAGAAAGUAUAAACUUGGCUUGCGAAUGGGGAUACAAAAAUGUAGAGGCUGGUGAAACUUUGACCGAUGAUUACUUUAACUCGAGGCUCCCAAUCGUGAUGAAACGUAUAGCUCAGGGUGGCGUUCGACUGGCUGCCACUCUCAACCGCAUUUUUGGUGACUCCAACCAAUAAUGAUGAGGAUACAUAAUUUGCAACAAUAUCCAUUUAUUAUUAUUAUUAUUACUGUUAUUUAAUUAUAUUAAUUUGUUACUUAAUUAAUUAGCUUGUGCGGACUAGUGUACCUCUAUUUAUCUUUCAAUAUUAUUUCAUGUAAAUGUAUGUGUUUGUUCCUUUCAAUUUUUUCUUAAUUUAAUUAAUUUAUCACAAUAUAAUAAAUGUCAAUAAAAAAAGAAAACACGAACGAUUUAUUCUAUCAUUGUUGGAUAAAGCUAUUUGUACCUA